CUGAUCUUUUUAAACAUUUGCUGAGGGGCUUUGAUCUUUAAGUGUACUCCUCUUAUCUUUAGUCAUGUCUGGUCGCGGAAAGCAGGGAGGCAAGGCCCGCGCAAAGGCCAAGUCGCGUUCGUCCCGUGCAGGCUUGCAGUUCCCGGUAGGGCGAGUGCAUCGCUUGCUGCGCAAAGGCAACUACGCUGAGCGGGUGGGGGCCGGCGCGCCCGUCUACAUGGCGGCGGUUCUGGAGUAUCUGACGGCCGAGAUCCUGGAGCUUGCCGGCAACGCGGCGCGAGACAACAAAAAGACGCGCAUCAUCCCUCGUCACCUGCAGCUGGCCAUCCGCAACGACGAAGAGCUGAACAAGCUGUUAGGCAAGGUUACCAUCGCGCAAGGCGGCGUUUUGCCCAACAUCCAGGCCGUUCUAUUACCAAAGAAAACCGAAAGCCAUAAAGCCAAAAGCAAAUAAAGCCUUACAAAGUAAACCAAAGAACAAAGGCUCUUUUUAGAGCCACCCAAGUUUUCAAAAAAA